AUGCGUUCGACUGAUGAACGGCGGCUCAGCCGAUAUGGCCUCGUCGCUCUCCUCAUCCUCACUCAGCUCUUCGCCCUAUGUAGCGUCGGAAUAGCAGCAUACAGAUUCGGUCAACUACAGGGGAGCACACCGCGGAAAAGCAACAUUCCAGAUUUCUAUGGAGUAAAAGCCCAUGGCGCUUUUGAUUCAGGAAUUCGCACGCAGACCUUAUUUUUCGACUACAAUCGGACAUUUGCGGAGCGCCCAUCAAUAGAGACCGACCAAGCUUGGGAAGCUAUAUUUCCCCCCCACGGAGGAUUUUUCCACGAUGAUGUACUAGCGCCAACUGGUGCCAGUCUGGCUGUCUAUCACCAACUGCACUGCCUGGAUGCCAUACGCCACGCCUACUAUGUCCUUCUUGAUGCAGUUGUGGAUGGCCAUAACGUAACCUUCUCUGAGUUGGACGACUAUAGUACAGAUUGGCAUACGCGACAUUGUAUUGACUUUCUGCGCCAAAUGCUCAUGUGCAACGCGGACUUGACAAUCGAGGAAGUGGACCCAUCACUAGGUGGCAUCAGAGGCUUUGGAAAUGGAAGGGAGCAUGAGUGUGUGAUCUGGGAAGAUGUGAGGAACUGGAGUAUUGCCCAUCAACAGUGA